AUGGCGCUAUCAACGCGCCUCCUCGCCCUCCGCCGCUCCCCAGUCCUCCUCAAGCUCCCGCCCUACCUUUCCGCUCUCUGCAUAGUAGUCGGCGUCGUAUGGCUGCUCCUGCUUCCCUUGAACGAGUACUCCCGCAGCACAUACAUCUCCGAGAACGCCAUUCUGCCUGGCCAAGUCCACACCUACUUUGGCGGCAGCGAACACAACAUUUUCCGGGCCUACAGGCAGGAAGUCUGGCACUUGUCCGAACGCAGCGACCAUGACAGAAUAUUUGGCCUGGAGCAUGAGAUGCGCUCGAUUGGGCUAAAGGCUGCGACGCAGGAAUAUAGCUGGACUGUUGCAGGGGAGGAGAUUAAGGGGAUGAAUGUCUAUGGGCUAUUGCAGGGCCCGAGGGCGGAUGCUACAGAGGCGAUGGUGCUGAUGGCGGCAUGGAGGAACUUCGAUGGGCAGAUCAAUUACUCUGGUGUCGCGCUGGCUCUAAGUCUGGUGCGGUACUUCAAGCGCUGGAGUAUCUGGAGUAAAGACAUUAUUCUCCUCAUCACAGACGACAGCACAUACGGACCCGAGGCGUGGGUGUCAGCCUACCACAGCACUUCUUCCAUCGCCACCUCGAGUCGGAAUAUCAGCGCCUUACCGAUCAAAGCAGGUGCUCUGCAGGGCGCUGUGGCGCUGGACUACCCAGCUGGACCUUGGGGCCAACGAUUCGAAAAACUCGAUGUGCUGUACGACGGCAUCAACGGCGCCUUGCCCAAUCUCGAUCUUCUUAACACCGCUGUAUCCGUUGCGAACAGCCAGAUGGGCAUCGGCUGUGUCCUUCACAACACUGUCCACCAUUUCGACACAUACUCCGACCGCCUCCUGACCCUCACCAAAGGCUUGCUCACGCAAUCGGCCGGCCACGCCACAGGACCGCACAGCGCGUUCAUGCCGUAUCACGUUGACGCGGUCACUCUACGUACAGUGGGAGACGGUUGGCACGAUGAGAUGAGCCUUGGUCGUGCAACAGAAAGUCUGGUACGGAGCCUCAAUAAUCUGCUCGAGCACCUGCAUCAGAGUUUCUUCUUCUACAUUCUACUGAACACGAAUCGAUUCGUGAGUAUUGGGAAUUAUCUCCCAGCUGCCAUGAUCAUCGCCGGCAGUUUCACCAUCUCGGCUUUGGCGCUUUGGGUGCAGAGUGGUAAGGCGUCGAAGGGUGACGAGCAGCUGGGCAAGGAUGGAAAAAAAGCGACCGAGAAGAAGAUGGAGCUCGUCAGCGAUGGCGACGAUCUGGCGUUGGUUCCAAAAUCAGAUCUCGUUGCGGCGGAAAGAAAGAUAUUCCUCCCCGCCACCAUCCUGUUGAGCGUCCACUUGGCGGGCCUGGUGCCGCUGUACCUCUUGAACAAUCUCAAUCGUUCUUACCUCACCUCGGCCUUCCACUUUAUCGCCCUGGCCACCCUCCUCCUACCCUUCUACCUCUCCCUCCAACUCUCCCGCCUCCCAACCCAACAAAUCAAAAUCCUGCAAUCCUUCUCCCUCCUCUUCCUCGGCGCCACUCUCAGCAUGCUCGCCACCAUCAACUUCAGCCUCGCCUUCAUCAUCGGCCUCCUCUGCGCUCCGCUCUCCUUCCUGCGCCCGCUACCACGCCUCUUCACCACCGGGUCACUGAAGCAAGAACGAACAGUCGACGACGCGCAAGCUUUCGUCGCGUCGCUUGUAGUUGUGCUGCCAAGCGCGGCGCUUUACUUCCUCAUCUCGCCGCCGGUGGUGUUAUACGUUGUGGCUUCCGGACUGCCGGGUUUGAUCGAUCCGGAGAAUUGGAUGGGUUUGGGGAGGUUAGGGCUGGACGGUUUGUUGGUGGAGAUGGCGAGGGGGUGGGUGGCGCAGGGUGUGUGGACGGGGUUGGUGGUUUGGGGGGUUUGGUGGCCGGCGUGGGUGGUUGGGGGGGCGGUUCUGGGGAGUGCGGUUGUGGGAAUACAUGACAAUGGUACUUGA